GUGCCUGCCGCCGCCGCCGCCCGGGCCCCGGAGCCCGGCCCGCCCGAGACGCGCUGCUGGCCGGUGCGGAGGAGGCAGCCACUGAGAUGAGCGCCAGGCGGAGGAGGCGCAGCCUGGCAGGAUGUGGUGGGCGCCUGCAACCCCCUUUGCACGAAUAAUCGUCGCUGCCUCUCGGGAAGGCGAUGCGGAGCCCGGCGGGCGGCGGCGGCGGCGAUCGCUUCUUUGGAAAGCAGGAUGGAAGCUCGCCUUGACGCUCGGCGCUGAGGAGCCUUACGAAAUGCCAAACUUCGCAGCGGAGGCUACAAUUCCUAACAUUCCUGGGAAUGGAAGUGGCCACGAUGGCGCGUGUUUGCUGGAAACUGCUGGUGCUCCACACUCUUCUGGCAGAGCUGGCUCUUGUCCACGGGGCAGAAAAGAUCAGGCCCAUCCUGAACAUUGCGGUCAUUCUGGGAAGGAUGCGGAACAUCACCGAAACAGACAUCCAAGCUCUCUGGAGCAGAGAAGUGUCAGCCGACUUUGCCAGUGAUGUCAACGUGGUGCCCUUUCUGACCGACCAGACCGACCCCAAGAGCAUCAUCACCAGCGUCUGUGAUCUGAUGUCAGGCACCAAGAUCCAUGGGGUGGUCUUUGGAGAUGAUACUGAUCAGGAGGCCAUCGCUCAGAUUUUGGAUUUUAUUUCAUCACAGACCUUUAUCCCAAUCUUGGGGAUCCAUGGUGGCUCUUCCAUGAUCGUGGCGGAAAAGGAUGUGAUGUCCACAUUUUUCCAGUUUGGGGCAUCAAUCCAACAGGAAGCGAUUGUCAUGUUGAAAUUCAUGCAAUAUUACGACUGGCAUGUCUUCUCUCUGGUGACCAGCACAUUCCCGGGCUACCGGGACUUCAUUAGUUUCAUCAAAUACACUGUGGAGAACAGUUUUGUGGGCUGGGACAUGCAAAACAUUAUCACCCUUGACACGGCCAUCGGGGAUGCCAAGAUGACCAUUCAGUUGAAGAAGAUCCACUCCUCUGUUAUCAUGUUGUACUGUUCGAAGGAUGAAGCUGUUUACAUCCUCGAUGAAGCACGUUCCUUGGGCUUGACUGGUUAUGAUUUCUUCUGGAUUGUUCCUAGCUUGGUCAGUGGGAACAUGGAAAUCACCCCUAAAGAGUUUCCCUCAGGGCUGAUUUCGGUGUCCUAUGAUGAAUGGGACUACAGUUUGGAGGCACGGGUAAGGGAUGGCCUUGGGAUUAUUAGGAUGGCUGCGGCAGCCAUGUUGGAAAAGUAUUCUUUCAUCCCAGAGGCCAAAACCAGUUGCUACGGACAGCUGGAGAGGAAGGAGCAGCCUUCUCAAACGCUACACAAGUUUAUGAUGAAUGUGACCUGGGAAGGGAGAGACUUAUCGUUCACGGAAGAUGGCUACCAGGCACAUCCCCGGCUGGUGGUCAUUCUGCUAAAUCAAACCCGAAUUUGGGAGAAGGCGGGGAAAUGGGAGAACAAGACCUUGGUCCAUAAGUAUUCCGUGUGGCCAAGGAUUAAUUCUUUCAAUGACAGCGAGCCGGACCACAACCAUCUCAGCAUUGUCACUCUGGAAGAGGCCCCCUUUGUCAUUGUGGAGGACAUGGAUGCUUUGACGGAGACUUGUGUGAAGAAUACUGUACCCUGCCGGAAGUUCAUCGUCAUUAACAACAUCACCAAGGAAGGCAAGAAUGUGAAGAAAUGUUGCAAAGGAUUCUGCAUUGACAUUCUGAAGAAGCUCUCCAAGGCAAUCAAAUUCACCUAUGACCUCUACCUGGUGACCAAUGGGAAGCAUGGGAAAAAGAUCAAUAAUGAAUGGAAUGGAAUGAUUGGUGAAGUGGUCAAGAAGCAAGCUGUGAUGGCUGUGGGCUCCCUCACAAUUAAUGGAGAAAGGUCAGAAGUGGUGGAUUUUUCAGUGCCGUUUGUGGAAACUGGGAUUAGCGUCAUGGUGUCACGGAGUAAUGGUACGGUUUCGCCAUCCGCUUUUUUAGAGCCUUUCAGUGCCUCCGUCUGGGUGAUGAUGUUUGUGAUGCUACUCAUCGUCUCUGCUAUCGCAGUCUUUGUCUUUGAAUAUUUCAGCCCCGUCGGCUAUAACCGGAACUUAGCACAAGGAAAAGAUCCCCAUGGGCCAUCGUUCACGAUUGGGAAAGCCGUGUGGCUGCUGUGGGGCCUGGUGUUCAACAACUCUGUGCCCGUGCAGAAUCCGAAAGGGACGACCAGUAAAAUCAUGGUGUCUGUUUGGGCUUUCUUUGCUGUCAUCUUCUUGGCUAGCUACACUGCCAACCUGGCUGCAUUCAUGAUCCAGGAAGAAUUUGUGGACCAAGUGACUGGUCUGAGUGAUAAGAAGUUUCAACAGCCAUAUGCUUAUUCACCCCCUUUCCGGUUUGGGACGGUUCCAAAUGGGAGCACAGAGAGAAAUAUCAGAAACAACUAUAAGGAGAUGCAUGCCUACAUGGUGAAGUACAAUCAGAAGGGAGUGGAGGAUGCCUUGGUCAGCCUGAAGACUGGGAAGUUGGACGCUUUCAUCUACGAUGCUGCUGUGCUGAAUUACAAGGCUGGGCGGGACGAGGGGUGCAAACUCGUGACCAUUGGCAGUGGGUACAUCUUUGCCACCACAGGCUAUGGGAUUGCUCUCCAGAAGGGGUCACCAUGGAAGAGACGGAUUGAUCUCGCCCUUCUGCAGUUUGUUGGAGAUGGAGAGAUGGAGGAACUGGAAACCCUGUGGCUCACGGGCAUUUGCCACAAUGAGAAGAACGAGGUCAUGAGCAGCCAGCUGGAUAUUGACAACAUGGCGGGUGUCUUCUACAUGCUUGCUGCUGCCAUGGCGCUCAGCCUGAUCACCUUUGUCUGGGAGCACUUGUUCUACUGGAAACUGAGGUUCUGCUUCACUGGGGUUUGCUCUGAGAGGCCAGGAUUGUUGUUCUCCAUCAGCAGGGGCAUCUACAGCUGUAUCCAUGGAGUGCACAUUGAGGAGAAGAAGAAAUCACCAGACUUCACUUUGACCAGUUCUCAGACAAACAUGCUAAAACUCCUGCGAACAGCAAAGAACAUGACUAAUAUUACCAACAUGAACCCCUCGAGAAUAAAUUCUCCUAAAAGAACGGCUGAUUUCAUCCACAGGGGAUCCUUAAUUAUGGACAUGAUGAUGGAUAAAGGGAAUUUGAUUUUCUCAGACAACAGACCUUUCCCACCCAAGGAGAAUAUCUUUGGCGAUAACAUGAGUGAACUGCAGACAUUUGUUGGUAACCGUCACAAGGACAAUCUCAACAACUACGUUUUCCAAGGGCAGCACCCCCUCACGCUGAACGACUCCAAUCCUAACACAGUGGAAGUGGCUGUUGCAGCUGAAGCCAAAGGGAAUUCACGUCCCAGACAAUUGUGGAGGAAAUCGAUGGAGUCUUUGCGCCAAGAAUCUAUCCGACAGGGACAAGGUUCACAGAGGGAAAACGACUCUGACGAAAACCGGCAGCACUCCUUGAAAGGCCCGAGGUAUCUCCCUGAAGAGAUCAUCCGCUCGGAUGUUUCAGACACCUCGAGCCGAGCCACCUGCCAUACGGAGCCCGAAAACAACAACAAGCACCACAAGUCAAAGGACAAUGUUAAAAAAAGACCUGUAUCAAAAUAUCCCAAGGACUGCAGUGAAGUCGAGUUGACAUAUCUGAAAAAUAAACAAUCUCUGCCCCGGGAUAAAAUUUACAUUAUAGAUGCAGAUAAAGAACGAGGCUUUCAUCUAGAUACGCCCCAGUAUAUUGAGAACAUUAUCCUUCCAGGGACCAUGGAGUUUUCUGAUGUUUAUCAGGAUCACAACGACAACUACCGGAAGGCUGAGCAGAGUAACAGGACUCCUUUGCCAAACGAAGAAAGUCUUCCAAGUAACGAACAGUACAAACUGUAUUCCAAGCACUAUAGCUUAAAAGAUAAGAAUGCUUCCUUUGGCGAGGCCAAUGAGAGAUACCGGCAGAAUGCCACCCACUGCAGGAGCUGCCUUUCCAGUCUGCCCAGUUAUACUGGACACUAUUUAAGCCGGUCACCCUACAAGUGCGAUGCCUGUGUGCGGAUGGGAAACCUGUACGACAUUGAUGAAGACCAGAUGUUACAGGAAACGGCCAACACAGCACAGCGGGAAGACCUGUAUCAGCACGAGUGGGUCCAGAACAACAAAACGGAGCCUCCUAGAAAGAGCAAGCUAAAAAUCAGCCGGCAGCAUUCUUUUGACAACCUUCUUGACAGGCCCAGGGAAGUCGACGUGGGGCGACCGGCUCGGAGCGUAAGCCUGAGAGAGAAAGAGAAGUUUCUAGAAGGCAGCCCUUAUGCAAACCUGUUUAAUGCUCCCCAAAGCAAACUCUUGAGCAACAAGGCUCCACUUUUCACACGCACUCUGGACGACGGUAAGAGGAUCAAGUCCCUCUAUUCCGACCGCUUCGCUGAGAACCCUUUUCUGCACACUUAUUGCGACGACCAGCACUUGGUUCUCGGGCGAAGCCCUGUAGACCUUUAUAAACACUCAUUAACCACAAAAGCGAGAAAUGAUAGUUACUCCAGGUCGUCGAUCAAAUCGACCGCCUCGUACUGUUCCAGAGACGGCCGGGUCCACAACGACACGUACAUUGCAGAGCGUGGGAUGCCUUACCUUGCCAAUAAGAAUAGUGUGUACUCAGCUCCAAGGGUUUUAAAUUCCUGCAGCAAUAGAUGCGUGUAUAAGAAGAUGCCUAGCAUUGAAUCUGAUGUUUAGCUUUUCCAUUCACCCUUUUCUCUAUAGGGAAACAUAGUUGCCAGCAUCCUAGAGGCCAGGAGGGUAUUCCGUAGCAGUACUGUGGGAGAAUUGGGGAUGUGCAAUGCCUUCCAUAGAUCAAAGUGGGAUGUCAAUCAAUUGCUCCAAAAUGAGAUAAAGAAAGAAGGAAGGGAAACCCAUCCCUCCUAAAGGUGUAUCUGCACUAUAAACAUCUUUGCUGGUCGGAGACUGAAAUAAAGUUUAGUAUUUGGAGUAGAGACUAUAAACAUCUUCCAGCAGGGCUGGCUCAAAAUGCUGCUUCCUCGCAUUGUGCAGGCUGCAAAAGAGGCAGUGCUGAGCAUUUUCAGGGAUCUUUAGGGGUCAAGGGCAAGACUCACUGGCUUGGUGCUCCUCUUCUUACUGCGGCCACCCAUUUGGUGGCUGCCUUCUUUCCCCUCCCACAGAUCUUCUCAGGAAUGGUGAUGGAAGUCUUGUGCUGGGAGCAUUCUGGGUCGGUCCGCCAGCACUAGCUACCAAAACGGUGGGGUCAAAAAAGGAAGGAGUUGUCCUUGCACCACCACUGGUCACUUGACCUCCUCGUAAACCCUUUGCUCUGUUCCAUCCCCCCCGCACUGGUCCCCAGUUUCAGGCCCCUUUUUUGUAACUGCCCCUGUAUUUCAGAAGUUCAGCCCUAGAAACAUUCACCACUGCUUUUGCAUGGCUCCCCCCAAGGCAGGACUGCACAGCUUUCACCCUCCUGCAGAUGUUGGACUACAACUCACUUCAUACCACACUAUGGCUGGGGAAUCUGGGUUAUUGUCCAGAAACAGCUGGAGCACUGAAGUUGUGCAGCCCUGCCCUAAAGUAUCCUGGGGCUUGUCGUUUCAGGGUGCUGAGGAUUCUUUUUGAGAACUCCUGAUCUCCCUGCAUGGAAGUACAAUUCCCCAGGGAGAGGGAAUUAAGAGCCAGCUUUUAAGUCUGUAGUGCAGGGACAUCCUUAGCGACGGAUUCAAGGUUUGCAAAAAUGGGCAAAACUAGCCUCUAUUGAGGUCCUUCGUGUUGGAAUAGCCCUGAUAUCCGUGUUGGCAACUAUGUUAUUUUUGUACUAGGAUGGUUAUUUUACCUUGUCUGUUAGCACUUUCAUUCAAAUGUUAUUUUUAAUAGAGAAUAAGCAAUAUGGUAUGCAUGUAGUUUGACACAGAACAACAACAACAAAAAACUAAACAAAGUUAAGAAUGCAUUUGCACACUGACAAAAGUAAGACUUGUCAAAGAGAUUAGAGAGUUAGUCUUUUAAGAACAAACCACCACUAUAUAUAGCGAUAUCUAUAUGAUUUAGUUUCAUCUUUGUUUUUAAAACACAGUUGAACAAAAGCAAAAAAAAAAAAAAAAGAUCCUCAGGGCCCAUGAAUGGAAACAAUAUUGUGUUCAUCUUUGUCUGUCUUACAGAGACGAAGGCUGCCCUCCACCGUGGACUCCUCCCCCGCCAAAUCCCAUUGAAAGGAAUGGAAGUUGCAUGAGAACACUUGGCAAAAUUGCUUGUUGAGGUCACAUGUCCAGAUAGCAGCUCCAAGUGGGGCGAUGUGGUGUACAUCCAGGAAGGGGGGACCUGUCCUGGGCAAGGUGUCUCAGGAAAGGGCAGGGACCCUUCUCCCACACCCCUCUAAGGCUGCACAGACCAUGUUAGUCCCUCUCAAGGCCACGCUGGGUGACCAGGCUUGGGGUUGAACUCCAGUAGGGGAACGCUGCUCGGUUGGUCAGGUGAGACGGAUUGCUCAGUCUCCUGGCAUGUAUACAGCUUGACCAAUGGGGAGAUCUCUUAUUUCCAGCCUGUCAAAGAGGUUGCUAGUUGUUGGUAUUCUCUGCCAAUCCAUAGAGGGCACUGAGACCCAAGUGCACACAUUUCCAGACAGGCCCACCUGCCUAGGGAGGAACUCCAGCCACUGAACUGCCUUGUCUUCCCUGUGGAGGUAGCUGAGGUCUGUAGAUGUUUAGAGACAUUUUGGCUGCAUCCCUACCUGCAGUCUAAAGUGAACUUUGAGGGAAUUUCUGGGUUCCUCCGAUGGAGAAACUGAAAUUUGAAAGAGACUUUUGGGGUUCCUCCGAAGGACAUACAGCAGAUAAUUUUCUCGGAUGGUUUUUCCAUAUUCCAUAUGCAGGGCUUAAACCCUCCUGAUCACCCUGAAAAUACAGCUUUUUCAAAACAGAAAGCAUACCAGAGUUCUUGGACAACUCCCAUUCUUUUUAAUGAUCCUUGGAGUCAGUUCACAUACUAUGGCCACGUUUUGGAGGUAGGGUUAGCACCCUUUUUUAAACAGAGCCUGCUCCUUUUACUGUCCAUGCUCACAGAAAUUCAGCAGGUGAAGCUUACUUCUUUGGCAGGGGAUAAGUGGUAGAAGCUUUACCUUUUUCAAUUUCUGUGUGUUGGGCAGCUGGUAGAGGCACAGGAGCUGAGCCAGGAAAAUACUGACAAAUCUGUUUUAAACCACCUCUUGUGGUAGGCAAUGAUAUGGAGAAAUCACAUCAACACCUGUUGGAGUGAUGAGCCUCUAUAUAACUUGCCACAUAGAGGGAUUCAAAAUGGCGUCACCAUGAUGGCUGUAGUGUGUUCUCUGGCCCCUGGCACGGGAGGAGAGGUUCCUGGGAGAUUGUGCUCAUAUGCUACAAUCUGCAAUGUUGCUCCAGCAUGAAUGCCAUUGAAAAUAUUGGUGUUGCAGCAUCAGAGGAGACCUGGAAGAAUAGCACUUUAUGUUUGAUAUUACUGAAAACACUUUAGUCUUGAAAGAGUCUUGUUGACCACGAGGAAUAUAAGGGUGGAUUAUGAAUGUGGCAUAGCUAGUAUUGUAAAUCAAACACAUUUCCAUGUGCUGGGGUGCCACAUGGCAUUCAGACUGUUUGUAAACAACAGUCACCAGGAUUGGCUGGUAAGUUCUCACUCCAGCACUGCAUGCUGGAGUGAGUAUCCUGAGCCGCUGUGGCUGAUGUGGAGACAUACUAUGCCAGGGGUUCUCAGACUUGACUCUCCAGUUUGCCUUUGGCCUUUGUGGCUAGGAGAUAUGAGAGUGGUAGUCCAACAACAUCUGGGGACUCGCAUAUGAGAUCCCCUGUGCUACAUAAUCUUCACCUCCAAGGGUAUUACCAUUGUUAUAGCCAUGACUUUGACUAACCCUCACCAUGAAGAUGCAGCUUCUCAACAGCCUCCUUGCAAUGUCUAAAUCCACCCUCUGUUCCAGGUGGUUGUUCUGGAGAGACCAGUUAGGAGAUUGAAGCCAAAAAAACAGGCCCAGCUCAUUGCAUCCCGUCAAACGUUUGCUUACAUUUGUCGCUCCAAUGCUUCCAUUCCAUUUCACAGACAUUCAUUGUGAUGAAAUCAGUUUGUAGGAAAACUCCACAGUCCAACUUCACAGCUGGAAAGAGAUACUUAAGUCUUGGUAUAUGGAGCUUACAUCUGUACAGCGGUAGACCUCAUCAUGAUCUGACUUGAAAACCUAAAUGUGCACAUCAGUUUGUGUCGCUCCCUUGUUGGUGAUGAUAACUCAGGGUUGUAUAGUAUCUUCCCCUUGUGCCUUCAUUUCACACUCCCUCCACAAACAACCAAACAGACCCCCCCUCACUGCUGCCACUCAAAUAACUGUAGCUCAUUUGUUCUCAACCCAGUACUGGUCGUAUCCUGAUUCAUCGUAUGUUAGUGUUAACUACAGUUGUUCAUGUAUGACACCAACAGCCAUAUAUAUUGAAUGGACUCAUCCAGGAAUGCAGUACCAUCUUCUUUGCAAGUAGUCUGGAAACCCAGCACCUCUUUCUAGUGACUUGCUUCCCUUCUAGAAAUAUCAUAUAUGUAUGUUUGGUCAUUUUUGACUUCUCGAAUCAAACCCAUCUUAAAUCAUCAGUAUAUGCACAUUACAUAUGUAAUUCUGUAGUUACAGAACAUGCGGGUGGGUGGGUGUGGAGGUUAUUAUCUCUGAAUAACCCUGGAGUGGCAACAUCUUUUCUGGUACAGCUCCAGGCAUAGUUUCUGGGUUAUUUCACACACAUAUGCAAUGCCAUGAUAUACAAUAUACACAAUUAUACACCAUUGUUUUAAAACAAGGAGGUUGGAUACAGACCAACAUUAAGAGGUUCCGACAACAGUUAAUUAUCUUGCCUCAGCGGUGGGGGUGGGGAGUUAAAAUGACACAAAAUCCCAAGUCAGUGCCAAAUGUAAUCUUUAGAGCAUGUCUUUCCUCCCUGCCCCAAAGUUGAGUUUUCCUUUUUCUUUGAAUGUACUGGGAAGUACUUCCUGAAGCUAUUCCCACGAUCAGUAGAAAGCAGGCUAAAGGAGGUUAGCCCGCUUUCUACUGAUUGUGGGAACCACCAGGCUUGUGGAUGAGUCCCUUGGUUCCAAGGUGGCUAGCCUGCCUAAUCCCCCCUCCCCUUAAAGGGUAGUCAAAGGGGAAGGGUAGUCAGAAAUUUAAUAGCUGUCUCCCCUUCCGGCUGCCCUGCCAGCUCUUUGACCUCGGGGAGCACUGCCAACAACCCACAUAGCUUUUCCCUGCUCCUCUGUAAUGCCAGGUUGGUCCAAAAUAGAUCUGAACUCAUCCAUGAUUUGAUCAUGGAUGAAGGGGCCGACCUGGUAUGUAUUACCGAGACUUGGUUGGGGGAGGCUAGUGGUCCAGUUUGGUCCCAGCUUCUCCCUCCAGGAUAUUCUGUAGAGGAGCAGGUGAGGGGACCUGGGCAGGGAGGUGGGAUGGCCGUGGUCUAUAAGGAUAACAUCACCCUUACCAGGGUCCCUGUCAGGGUAUCAGACCAUAUUGAAUGUGUGUACUUGAGUUUGGGGACCAGGGAUAGAUUGGGACUUCUGUUGGUGUACCAAUUGCCCCGCUGCCCAACGGAAUCCCUUACUGAGCUCAUGGACUUGGUCGCAGAACUCACGUUGGCGUCUCCCAGACUCUUGGUGCUGGGGGACUUCAAUGUUCAUUUGGGGACCAAUCUGUCCGGGGUAGCUCAGGAGUCCAUAGCGGCCAUGACAACUAUGGGCCUAUCCCAAGUGGUCUCUGGACCGAUGCAUAUUGCAGGUCACACGCUUGAUUUGGUAUUUUACUCUGAUCAGGGUGGUGUUCCGUGGGUGGGGGUUCCUGUGAUUUCCCCAUUGUCAUGGACGAACCACCAUCUGGUUAAGAUUGGACUUACAACCACGUCCCACUUCUGCAGGGUGAGGGGCCCAUUAGAAUGGUCUGCCCAAAGAGGUUUUUGGAUUCACUAAGAUUCCAAGAAGCCUUGGAGGGAUUUAAUGUUGGCUUUGCUGGUGAUCCUGUUUAUGCCCUGGUUGAGAAUUGGAACAACUUGCUCACCAGGGCAAUAGACACGAUUGCUCCCAAGCGUCCCCUCCAACCCGCUUCAAAUUUGGCCCCUUGGUUCAAUCCCUGGCAGCAUCUCCAGGUAGGGCUGGGUGAGUAUACACACACACACACACACACACACACACACACUCACUCUCUUCUGAAGCAAUUUGCUGCUGCAUUUGUGAGUGAGUUAUAUUUCAAAGGAGUUUGAACAUAGAUUCCAAUUGCUUGAGAAAGCUAUACAAGAGUUAGAAAGUGGGGAAAAUAAAUCUAUGGAUAUCCAAAUGGGUAAAUAACUAUGCAUUUACUACUAACUAAGAACUGCCGGUAGGAAUGAUCUUCAAAGAGAAAAGAGAGAGAGGAUCAGAGAUGGGUUUCACACCCGUCACUUGAUUCCUCAGCACUUGACCUGCAGUCUUUUCCCACAUUACAGUGAAACAAACCUGAGUUUGCUGCAAUGUGCAUGCUCAGAAGACAUUACUUGUGGUGGUAGGGAAUCUGUACUGCAGAUAACCCAAAUAAUAAAUGGGAAAAUGCAACCCUAAAACAGAGUGGCAUAAAUACCAUACAUAGACAAAGUCUCCACAUUUCACAAAUUAAUUGAAUGAGAAGUGCCUCUUCUCAACAGGGGGUUUCAUGCAUCCUUGUCUUGACCAGUGAACCUGUGUGAUAUUCAUGUUUCCAAACACCUGUUCGUUGCAUUCACGUUUUUUAGGUGUACAUUUAAAAAUGAGGAGUGGCCGUAGCUCAGUGGUGGAGCACCUGGUUUGAAUACAGAAGGUCCCAGGUUCACGGCAUCGCCAGGCAGUGCUAGCAAAGACCCCUGCCUGAAAUCCCAAAGAGCUGCUGCCAGUCAGAGUACUGAGCUAGGUGGAUCAAGGGUCUGACUCAGUAAAAGGCAGUUUCUGAAGUAAAAUACUUUAAGUAGGCACCUUAAACAACAUCCUGUAUGAAAAGGCACUUGAAGAACUGGCUGUAUCAAAAAAAGCAUGAUUUGGUAUUGAAAUUCUGUCUGUGAACCUUGGUGUGUGAAGUUCUGUCCAUUUAUCUAAGAGGAUGGUUUACAUAUGCAGAUCAGUCCUUGAUAUUUUAACCAUCAAGUGACAAACAUGCAUGGCUGAAAUUGCCAUCAGAAAAUGGGACACACAUUUUCAUCAAAACAGGAUUGGCAUUUUAUUUUGUUUAAAUUCUGCAACAAUUUUGACAUGCACACACACAAAUAGUCACCAAUACACACUAUAUCUGUACACACGUGAAGACUUCUCAGAAAACCUUACAUGGAUAGUUGGAUAUCAUGUCCUAACACAGUGUAACACAACAAAUUUGUGAUCCAGGAAUUCUACUGUUUGUUUGUUUCUCUGUUAUGUAUUCUGUCUCAACAGCAGUUUAUCCCUUCCAGCAUAUUGAAACCCAAAUGCAUGCCUAAGUGCUACUACUGUAUAAAUAAUAUUUUCAGACAUAUCUACAAAAAAAACCACAAAUGUUUGCUUCAAACUUUUGAUGAUAGAAGAACAAAAAGUAUAUAAUUACUAUGGAUGUCUUCAAAUUGUAUUGUAUUUUUCCUUUUUGUUAAAUAUGUAGGAGGGAAAAAGAGAGAGAGAGAGAGACAGACAGUGAGACUAUGCUAAGGGCGUGAAGGAUUUGAGUGUUGCACAGAUUGAAAUGUAUAUAUCUGAGAGAGAAAACACAUGUGCCAAGUAUUACAAGAUGUACAAAAUGUAAAUACAUGAAAAUUUCAUUUUUCUAAUAAAGAUAAUUUCUGCCAA